AUGAACGUGCGACAAUCAUCCUUCAGCCUGGCACCUCCCGGGCUAGAAAGGCGACCCUCAGUGGUAUCACGGCUAUCGUCAGUCUUUUCCACUGCGGAUCAAGAACAGGGAAAUGCGGCAUCUACAGGGGCUGCCUUGAUAGAGGAGGAGAUAGCCGAGAUUAAGAGAUAUGAGGACUUUACAACAAUAGACUGGGUCCAAGAUGCGGCGCGAGAGCAGGCUAAGCGUAAGGCGCGGCGGAAGCAAGCAGCUGGUCUUUACGACAAAGGACAACCUGGCUGGCGAUAUCAGCUAUGGAAGAGUUAUGAUGCAGCGCAGGCUUGGAUUGUGGUGACGAUUAUCGGUGUUGUAAUCGGGCUGAACGCGGCGCUUCUCAACAUCAUUACAGAAUGGCUCUCCGAUGUCAAGAUGGGCUACUGCGAGACUGGCUUCUACUUGAAUGAGAACUUUUGUUGUUGGGGAGAAGAGAAUGGCUGUGAUCAAUGGCAUAGAUGGACUGGUUUUGAACCCUUUAAUUAUUUCAUCUAUUUGGUCUUUGCGACUCUAUUUGCUUGUGUCGCGGGCACCUUGGUCAAGUCAUUUGCACCAUACGCUGCCGGCUCAGGUAUUUCCGAGAUCAAGUGCAUUAUUGCCGGAUUCGUCAUGAAAGGCUUCCUUGGCUGGUGGACUCUAAUCAUCAAGUCCGUCUGUCUUCCUCUAGCCAUCGCAUCGGGCCUGUCGGUCGGCAAAGAAGGCCCCAGUGUGCACUACGCCGUGUGCACGGGAAAUGUCAUCUCUCGACUCUUCGACAAGUACAAGCGCAACGCUUCAAAGACGAGGGAGUUUCUGAGCGCUUCGGCUGCUGCAGGUGUCGCAGUCGCUUUUGGCAGUCCUAUUGGCGGUGUGCUCUUCUCUCUCGAGGAGAUGUCGAAUCAGUUUCCUCUCAAGACGUUGUGGCGGAGUUACUUCUGCGCUCUGGUGGCGACGGCUGUUCUCGCUGCCAUGAACCCUUUCCGAACGGGCCAGCUGGUCAUGUUCCAAGUUGAGUAUAAGAAUGACUGGCACUUCUUUGAGCUGCUGUUCUAUGUCUUGAUUGGCAUCUUUGGAGGCCUAUACGGAGCCUUUGUGAUCAAGUGGAACUUGAGAGUCCAGGCAUUCCGCAAGAAGUACCUGAAGGAGUAUGCUGUUCUCGAGGCGACUCUGCUGGCAGCUGGCACUGCUAUUAUUGCCUACCCUAACGCCUUUUUGAGGAUCGACAUGACAGAGAGCAUGGAGAUUCUCUUCUCAGAGUGUGGUCACGGAAACUCGUACCAUAGUCUCUGUGAUCCUAACAAACGAUGGUGGAACAUCACAUCUCUCUUCUUAGCAACUUUCCUACGCCUCUUCCUCGUUAUCUUAUCCUACGGAUGCAAGGUUCCCGCUGGUAUCUUCGUUCCUUCAAUGGCUGUCGGGGCAUCCUUUGGCAGAACCGUAGGUAUUCUCGUUCAGGCUAUUCACGAGGCCAACCCCACCAGCGUCUUCUUCUCGGCGUGCAAGCCGGAUGAGCCUUGUAUCACGCCUGGCACAUAUGCCUUACUUGGAGCUGCCGCUGCGCUGAGUGGUAUCAUGCACAUUACCAUAUCCGUGGUUGUCAUCAUGUUUGAACUGACAGGUGCUCUGAACUACAUCCUCCCUACUAUGAUCGUUGUCGGCGUCACCAAAGCUGUCAGCGAGCUGUUUGGGAAGGGCGGUAUUGCUGACAGGAUGAUAUGGUUCAGCGGGAUGCCGUUCCUCGACAGUAAAGAAGAGCACAACUUUGGUGUGCCUGUGUCAGCCGUUAUGAGGACUUCAGUUGUCUCGAUGCCCGUCCAUGGACUCACUCUUGGUGAGGUUCAGAGUCUUCUUGCCGACGACCGAUAUCAAGGCUUUCCUGUGGUGGAAGACAAGCACACCAAAGUCCUCGUUGGCUACAUCGGCAGUACCGAGUUACGAUAUGCCAUUGACAAAAUGAGUCGAACAUCACCUUUAUCAGGUGGUGCAAAGUGCACAUUUGCAUCAUCGCCAUCGAAUCUAUCGAACACCUCGCUUCAUGGUGGAAAUGGUGACUCAACCCAUUCAACAAUGCUCGACUUUAGCCGAUACGUUGACUCAACGCCCGUCACAGCACAUCCAAGACUACCCCUGGAGACUGUCAUGGAGUUGUUCCAAAAGAUCGGGCCUCGGGUGAUUCUAAUCGAAUACCACGGCAAACUCACCGGUCUUGUGACUGUCAAGGACUGCUUAAGAUAUCAAUUCAAGGUCGAAGCCGCUGAGAAUCCGAAGGAUAACCAUCGCAUCGAAGAGGGACAGGAGCAGUUAUGGAACCUUCUCCAACGAGCCGGCAAUUGGUUCUCCUGCAGGGUGUCAAGAUACUCUGGUGGUAGAAUCCGCUUGAGUAGUAACUCUGGUGGUGAACGGCCUCUGGGUAGAGGGCAGAUAUUGGAUGGCGAUGAGGAUGUAGCUGACGAGGGCGUUGAGCUAGAGAGCCGACGGUAA